CAGACUUCAGGCAGCUGCCGAGGUCCAUGAUAAGAUUUCUCGUGAGACCUUCACUCACGUAUUGGGAUAUAGUCACCUCACUGACUCUUCCUGGAUGCAAGCUACACUGCCGGUCAGGUUUGGUGGUUUCAGCAUGUCACCAUGCCUCAGCACUUCUCGAUUUGCUUUUCUUUCGUCCUGGGUUCACACUCUGGUUCAUCUGCCUAUUCGUUAUCCAGACCUCAAAUCCGCACUGGAUCUUCUAGUCAACUCAAAUGGUGUCGAGGAAUCGAUAGCAUUUUUGCUGAUGCAGGCUGGCAGUGAUGGGACAGAUAUUACUGAAAUGAUUCAAGUUCCAACUAAACUACAACAGAGGCUGACACGGCAACACGCUAAAGAAAAGACGUCAGCAAUGAUCGAGAAGGCCCCCUCCCAGCGAGAUGCUGCUAGGCUAAGAUCGAUUCAAGGCAAGGGCGCUGGAGCCUGGCUGAAUGCUAUGCCCACCUCAAAUAAGCUCGCACUAGUUUCCCGCGAUUUUCGUUUGGCGGCUUGCUUGAGAUUGGGGUUAGCCAUGCCCUUCGAUGGCUGUAUUCGUCAGUGUGACUGUGGUUCUUUUCUGGACAGUUGUGGAUACCAUCUCCUAACAUGUAAGUGGGGCGGUGGUCCAGUCUGGACCCAUGAGUGUAUUGCCAAUGUAUGGUCAGACUGUCUGCGCAGCUUACAAAUGCACCAUCACAGAGAGCCACGUCAUCGAUACAUUACAUCUGACAACCGCCCUGACAUAACAGUUUUCGAUGUUGGAUCAGGGUCCAACACAGAUUUAGACAUUUCGCUAGCACAUCCCUGGAGCAGUGAAGUAAUUUCAGCAUCAGCAUCUACGGAAGGUGCUGCAGCAUCCAGGAGAGAGCAGAAGAAAACGGAAAAAUAUAGCAGAGAACGACUUCUUGGUAAGGAAACAGUGACAGCAGUCCCACUAGUCUUGGAACAUUUUGGUCGAUGGGGACAACAAGCAGAAAUGUACCUACAGCAUUUGUCAAGUAGAUCAACGGAUGCCUAUGGAACAACAAAUGCCUCCUCAUUCAAGACACAUUGGAGGGAGCGCAUGUCCAUUCAGCUACAAAAAGCCAAUGCUCGAGUCAUCUACAGGAAAGUGGAGAGACUUUUAGAUGAUGCUAGUUAAUUUGUGUUUUUCCAAGGCCAUUUGGCCUUUAUUUUUUUUUAGUAAAGGAGCAAGCACGUGUGUAGUUAAUUGGACUGAUGAGGACAUUGUGUUGUAGAGGAUUUAGCCUCCAUCUGUACGUACUUUGUUCUAUUGAAUAAAAUACCUUUGACAGACAGACAGACAGACAGACAGACAGACAGACAGACAGACAGACA